GAUCUCUUCCUCCGCCAUGGCCCACAUCAUCACCGCCGUUGCCAGCGCGACGAAGGACGUCGUGCCCAUCCGCCGGGCGCUCCUCUCCGUCUCGGACAAGACCGGCCUCCUCGACCUCGCCAAGUACCUCGCGGCCCACGGCGUCGAGCUCCUCUCGACGGGCGGCACGGCCAAGGCCAUGCGCGAGGCCGGCCUCCAGGUCAUUGACGUCUCGGAGUACACGCAGUCGCCCGAGAUGAUGGAUGGCCGCGUCAAGACGCUCCACCCCAAGAUCCACGGCGGCCUUCUCGGCGUCCGCGGCAACAAGCAGCACGAAGACGACAUGGCCAAGCAUGGCAUCAAGAACAUCGACCUCAUGGUCCUCAACCUGUACGCGUUCGAGGCUACGGUCGCGUCGGGUGGCAACUUUGAGACGUGCAUUGAGAACAUUGAUAUUGGCGGCCCGUCGAUGCUCCGCUCGUCGGCCAAGAACCACGCAAGCGUCGUCAUUUGCACGUCGCCGUCGCAGUACAUGGACCUCGUGGCCGAGAUGAGCGCCCACCAGACGGGCACGACGCACGCGUUCCGCAAGCGCUGCGCCGCCGCGGCCUUUACGCUUUCGGCCCACUACGACACGCAGAUCUCCAAGUGGUUCAACGCGCAGCUCGGCCAGACCUCGGACGAAGUCACGCGCGUGUACGAGCCCGCGCUUCCGCUCAAGUACGGCUGCAACCCGCACCAGAACCCGGCGUCCAUCAUGACGAUCAAGGGCUCGAAGCUGCCGUUCAAGGUCCUCAACGGCACGCCCGGCUACAUCAACCUCCUCGAUGCGGCCAACGCGUACCAGCUCGUGGCCGAAGUGCGCCAGGCGCUUCACCUCCCGGCCGCGGCGUCCUUCAAGCACGUCUCGCCGGCCGGUGCCGCCGUCUACGUGCCCCUCGACGAGAAGCUCAAGGCCGCGUACGAAGUGGGCAACAUUGAGCUCACGCCUCUCUCGGUCGCGUACCUUCGCGCGCGCAACGCCGACCCGCUCAGCUCGUUUGGCGACUUUGUCGCCGUCAGCGACAUUGUCGACGAGGCCACUGCCAAGGUGCUCAAGCGCGAGGUCAGCGACGGUAUCAUCGCGCCCGGCUACGAGCCCGCGGCGCUUGAGAUCCUCGCGGCCAAGAAGGGCGGCAAGUUUAUCGUGCUCGAAGCCGACGCCACCUUUGUGCCUCCGCCGAUGGAGUACCGUGAGGUGUACGGCAUGACGUUUGCUCAGCGCCGGAACGACGUGGUCUUUAACCACUCGCACGUCGCCGACGUCCAGACGAGCUGCGCGCCGCUCACGGAAUCGGCCAAGCGCGACCUCAUCCUCGCCGCGAUCACGCUCAAGUACACGCAGAGUAACUCGGUAGGCUACGCCAAGGACGGCCAGAUGGUCGGUGUCGGCGCUGGCCAGCAGAGCCGCGUCGACUGCGUCAAGCUCGCGGGUCGCAAGGUGGCCGUGUGGCACCUCCGCCAGCACCCCAAGGUCGCGGCGCUCGCCUUCAAGCCGUCGGUCAAGCGCCAGGAGCGUGUGAACGCGCGUGUCCGCUACAUUGAGGGCGACAUGGCGCCCGUCGAGAAGACGGCCUUUGACGCGCAGUUUGAGACGGUGCCGGCGCCGCUCACGGUCGCCGAGAAGGACGCGUACGUGGCGCAGCUCACGGGUGUCUCGCUUGCGUCGGACGCCUUCUUCCCGUUCCGCGAUGGCAUUGACCACGCCGCCAAGCUCGGCGUCUCGUUCAUCACGCAGCCCGGCGGCAGCAACCGCGACGACGAGAUCAAGCAGGCGUGCAUCGAGUACGGCAUCACGAUGACCUUCUCGGGCGUCCGCCUCUUCCACCACUAAGUCGUUGGCUAUCUUGUUGUAAUCUAUCUAUCUUCCAUUGACA